UCUCAGAAGGGAGAAAAGGGAACUCAGGGAAGGACAAGGGUUGGGGAUCUGAGUAGGAGUACAGUCUGCAGAGCCAGCCUCUGGGGUCGGAGGGACCCCCACCUCUCCCCUCCCCAGUAUCACCUCCUCCCAUCCCACACCACCCCCUCCUCCCCGCCCGGGAUUGCGGCGCAGGCGCGAAGCAAACUUGCUUUGCUCUGCUCCAGCUCCGACAGCUUCUGCUGGCUCCGGAGACACAGAUCCAGAGGGAUUCAUGAUGAGCUGCAGUCGCUCCUGUAUCUGUGGCCAUCGCACCAACGUGGAGGAAAGUGCAUGGUAUGGGGUCGAUCCCUACCCAAAUCUCUUCUACAGUGAGUGCGUGGGUACCAAUCUCAGCGAUAACCUAGAAGGACCCCCCGUCCAAUAUACCUACCAGCCCUGGCCCUCACUGUGUUGGAAGGUCACCGUGUCCGUGGCAUCCCUGCUUCUCCUGCUGGGUGUGGCAGCCCUGACCACUGGCUAUGCAGUACCCCCCAAGCUAGAGCUUGUCAACGACAGUAAGUUCUCAUCGAUGGACGACCCAGUCGCCGACUAUAACCAAGCCCUGAUCACCUGCCGUGUGGCAGGAGCGACGCUGUGUGGGGUAGCCGGGGUCUUGCUGGCUGUCUGUCUCUUCUUGGCCACCUCUGGUUGGCUGACCCAGGAAAUCAAGGCGGAGCCCUUGGUCACUGAAGCUGACAGCCCUGUGGAGGUCUUUAGGGAUGAGCCUGAGCAUCUGAAUCCUGGCUUCCACGAUGCCAGCAGCCAGUCAUGGUUCUUGUCUCCCACCAGCCCCUUUGGGCAGCAUCCUGUGCAGACCAGCCAGCCCCAACGGGACUCCUAAGUCUGUAGGCUAGAGAAGCCAGACUCUUCCCUCCUGGCAUUCCCUGCUCUCAUCACGCUUCUUCCUCUCUGUAGUGUCUCCCCAGGGCCCUCAUAGCCAGCCCCUCUAGAGCCCCCCACUAAGUCUCAUGCUUCAGUAUCACUCCUGCAAACUCAACCAAGAACUGCCCUUCCAGGCUGGUGAAAUGGCCACGUGAGUGAAGGGCCUUCCUGGCCAGACUGACACCCUGAGUUCCAUCUCUGGGACCUACAAGGUGGAAGAGACCCAGCUCCCUCCAGUUGUCCUCUGACACCCCACCCCCACCACCACCACACACAACACUCACACGCACAAAGAACUCAAAGUCUACCCCCCUAGACAGUAAUGCCCACUGGGCCUAUUUCUGACCUAGAGGCCCCAGCCCCUUCUUCCAAUGCGCUGUCCGGCCAGAAGGACUUCCUCUUGUAGGACACGAGAGGGCGCUCCAGGACCGCGGAGGAUCCUGUGUCUGGCAGCCCCCUGCUGGCCUUUAGGGCUUCCUGGGUGGCGGGAAGAGGGUUCCAGCGAAUCCCUACCACCUUUGUGCCCGCAGGAUGUACCCUCCCUGUUUCUCACCUCCUCCAUCUUGGCUUGCCUUUCAAUAAACAGUUGGGAUGAACCCCA